UUGUUUAUAUGUUAAAAAUUUUAAUUUGCGAACAGCUUAAAAAGAGAUAUUUAAGUAAUAUUGUAUUACAGAUUUCGGAAUUAUUUACCCAGAAGCUGCUGUUGCAGUGGCUAGUGCAAAAUCGGAAUUCUCUAAUAAUUUAUCAUCGAAGAUGGCAAGUCCCACAGAAAAUGGUAAUAAAGAAAUCGAGGAAAUUUCGGUUAUGAAAAUGCAGUUGAACAAUGGACAGAGCAUGCCGGUGAUUGGACUUGGUACAUGGCGCAGUUUACCGGCUUCCGUAUAUCAAGCUGUUAAGGAUGCAAUAGACCUUGGUUAUCGUCAUAUUGAUUGUGCACAUAGUUAUGGUAAUGAAACCGAGAUUGGCUUGGCCAUAAAAGACAAAAUAGAUGAAGGCGUCUUGAAGCGGGAGGAUUUGUUUGUAACUAGUAAGCUAUGGUGUACUUACCAUCGUCCGGAUAUGGUUAGGGUUGGUUGUGAGCAAUCUUUAAGAAGAUUGAAACUAAACUAUUUGGACUGUUAUCUAAUACAUUGGCCUACAGCUUUUGAGGAAAGUAAGGAUUUAUAUCCAAUGGAUGAAAAGCAAAAAGUUAUUUUUGCUGAUUACAAUUUUGUUAGUACUUGGAGUGCAAUGGAGGAAUUGGUAGAUCAAGGUUUAUGUCGCACAAUUGGUGUUUCAAACUUUAAUAAACGUCAAAUCGAAGAAAUACUUAAGACUGCACUUAUACCACCAGCAGUUCUCCAAGUGGAAUGUCAUCCAUAUUUGAAUCAGAAGCGUUUAAUCGGUUUCGCAAAAGAAAAUGAUAUGGUAGUAGUUUGUUACAGUCCAUUGGGUUCUUCACACACACCUUAUGAGAAGCCUGGUAAAUAUAAAUUAUUAGAAAAUCCAACAAUCGUGGAAAUGGCUAAAAAAUAUAAAUGUAACCCUGCUCAAAUAUUAUUACGUUACCAAAUCGAUCGCGGAAAUGUUGUUAUACCACGUUCGAUAACUAAGUCGCACAUGAAGGAUAAUUUAGAUGUUGGAGAUUUCAAAUUAACUAAGGAGGAUUUAUUAGAAAUCGAUCAGUUGGAUAUAAAUGGACGUAUUAUGGAUUUUAAGGUAGCUGCUGGCCAUCCACAUCACCCAUUUGAGAAUGAUGAAUUUUAAACUACAACAAAUUUUAUCCAGAUCAUGUCUUACUUUCAACAAAUUUUUUUUUCGAUUUUUAUAUAUAAGAAUA